GAAUAGCCAGCUGGGCAGUGACACAGUCUACUGAUCCACACCCCCCAUAUUUUUCUUUCCUAUUCUUCAACUGAUUGAGUAAUCAUGUGGAGAAACAUGGUAGAGAGCAAGCAUUUGCUUAUUACUUGUGGGUUUGUGUAAAAAAAAGGUUUCCGUUUUCUUGGGCUUUGGGUUGGUUUCAUGGGUGCAGAAGUAGAGGAAAAGGAGAGAGAUGGAGUUUUGAUGACAGGGAAAAAGCUGCACAGUUGCAAUUAUAUCACAUGCAUACAAAACUGUGCUUCUUGGGAUUGUUGUCUUUCAUGGGAGUUUGUUUGCCAUUUCUUGUAAUUCCCAACUCAAAAAACACACACUUCCUUUCACUCCUUUAAAGCUGGUGGUUUUACAAGAGAGAUCUGAGAAAUAGACUAGUAUUAGUGUUAAGUUAACAACUGUGUGUGAGUUUUGAUAAUCAAGAAUGAAGAGACUCAGUGAUGAUUCAUUGGGUGGCUUGAUGUCCAUCUGUCCCAACACUACAGAUAUGUACGACGCGAGGGAGUUCGAGUCGAUGCUGGAGGGACUGGAGGAGGAGGCGGGGCCUGCGGCGGCGGCGGAGAAGAAGCGGAGGCUGAGCGUGGAUCAGGUGAAGGCGUUGGAGAAGAAUUUCGAGGUGGAGAAUAAGCUGGAGCCGGAGAGGAAGGUGAAGCUGGCGCAGGAGCUAGGGCUGCAGCCGCGCCAGGUGGCGGUGUGGUUCCAGAACCGCCGCGCGCGCUGGAAGACGAAGCAGCUCGAGAGAGACUACGGCGGCCUCAAAGCCAGCUACGACAGCCUCAAGCUCAAUUUCGAGCGGAUCCAACACGACAACGAAUCGCUACUCAAAGAGAUCCGCGAGCUGAAAUCGAAGCUCGGAGAAGACGAUGCGGCGGAGGCGAAGCCGGAAAUCGAGAUCUGCGCGGCGGAGGCGGAGGAUCGGGAUCUGGACGGCGGCAGGAAGGAGGAGGAGGAGGCGAGGUGGCCGAGCUCCGGCGAUUUGAAGGACGGAUCGUCGGAUAGCGAUUCGAGCGCGAUCGUGAACGAGGAGAACAACGGAUCGUGGAUGAUGAAGACGGAGGCGGCGCCACAGCUGGUGAAAAUCGAGGAGUACAACUUCUUCGGGGAGGAAUCGUGCAGCACCUUGUUUUCCGACGAUCAAGCGCCGUCGCUGCAGUGGUACUGCAAUGAACAGUGGGAUCGGUGAUCGGGAAAUCGUGUACAGUGAGAUUUGGGGUAAAAAAUGGUGUUGAUUGGGAUGAAGAGAGAGAAUAAGGGUGGGUGAGGUUUCAGAGUUUCACGUGGGGAAGAAGGGAGAGAAAGGGAGGGUGAAAAACAGAGGAUAUAUUGCAGUUGAAAAGGAGUGAACUGAUUUUAACUGUGCUGUAAAUUGUAGUAACUCCUUUUUUACUGUGGCCAGAACUGCUACUGCGUACAAAUUUUUCACCGGGGAUAAAAAUUACUUUCACUGCUGUUAAUUAUAAAUUAUCUUUUCAUCUUCUA